AAAGUAGUGAGGAAGACGUUACGUAAGCAUUGUAAACAGGAAGUAUUUGUGGAUAGUGGUGUCUGGAAUUUACGGGAGCGCUGUAUUUACAUUUUAAAGAGUUGCCAAGAGACUGAUCAUCAUCAUGGGCAAGAGUUGUAAAGUGGUGGUGUGUGGUCCGGCUGCUGUUGGCAAGACUGCUGUCCUGGAGCAACUGCUGUAUGCCAAUCAUAUUGCGGGCUCAGAGCCCAUGGAGACCCUGGAGGAUAUCUAUAUUGGCUCCAUAGAAACGGACCGUGGCACUCGAGAGCAAGUGCGCUUCUACGACACCCGGGGUCUUCGUGAUGGUCUGGAGUUCCCUCGCCACUACUUCUCCAUUGCGGACGGUUUUGUCCUGGUCUACAGCAUCGACAGUAAGGAGUCCUUCAAACGCAUGGAGGCCCUCAAGAAAGACAUUGACCGCUACCGUGAUAAGAAAGAGGUGAACAUAGUGGUGCUGGGCAACAAGCUAGACAUGCAGGAGCAGAGGAGAGUGGACUCUGAAGUGGCCCAGUACUGGGCCAAGACAGAAAAGGUGCGUCUGUGGGAGGUGUCUGUGGCAGACCGAAGGACCCUCAUCGAGCCUUUUGUCCACCUGGCCAGCAAGAUGACCCAGCCCCAGAGCAAAUCAUCCUUCCCCCUCAGCCGCAAUAAGAACAAGGGGAGUGGCGCUGUCGAUAGUUGAGGGAUUAGGGGGAAUGGAAGGGGGGAGGGAGUGAGGAUUGAUGAAGAAUGGGAAAGAGUAGUAGGGGAAACGCAAUAGACUGAUUGUUAGCCUAUCACAAAUACAGACAAUUUUAUGUCUGCACAAAUGUACACCAAUGGUUUCAUUUUGACUGAUAUUUAGACUCAUAUUUGACCAUUUAGACUGAUCUUUGACGACAAGUAAAUGUUGACAUCAAAAGUAACACAAAUGGAUAAUCAAGAGGGUUGUUUGUAUCAUGGAGGAUACAUAAGGGAUUAUAUUACUGUUAGUUAAUCAGGAGAUUUGUUACACUACUGGCAUGCCAUCUACUCAGAUGAAAUAUGGCAACUAUUUUAGCAUGGAUGAUCUGAAUUUUAUUUUAAGUUAGAGUACAUGAAACAAAUCCAUAUUUAUUUAUUUUUGAAUCCCUCCCCCUUUUCCCCACAAUUUCGUAGUAUCCAAUUAUUAGUAGUUACUAUCUUGUCUCAUCGCUACAACUCCCGUACGGGCUCAGGAGAGACGAAGGUCGAAAGUCAUGCGUCCUCCGAAACCCAACCAAGUCGCACUGCUUCUUAACACAGACAAGGAUAUCCCUACCAGCCAAACCCUCCCUAACCCGGACGACGCUAGGCCAAUUGUGCGUCGCCCCACGGACCUCCCAGUCACGGCCGGCUGCGACAGAGCCUGGGCGCGAACCCAGCGUCUCUGGUGGCACAGCGAGCUCUGCGAUGCAGUGCCCUAGACCACUGCGCCACCUGGGAGGCCGCAAAUCCAUAUUUUGAAGAAUUAAAAAAUUAUUUUAGCGAUGUCAGAAAUGUUACUGCCUUUUGAGAUCGCUUUGAGUUUUAGAAUGACAUUAUUGUCUAAAGAUUUGAAUUGUGGCUGACAGACUAGUCUCUUGGUGAACAGGGUGUUUGAAGAGCUUCCUGCCUGCUGGACAGGCCCUGAAGAGCUCUUGACCACAGCCUAAGCUCGCUGAAUUAUCUGUACCUUAUCAGAAACUCCUUACUGUCCUUGAAAACCAUGGGUUAUUCUUGAUCUUUGCUACUGAGCUAUGUUAGUCAGACGAAAUGCAAAUGUAUUUCAUUUUCAAAUUAUUUAACUGACUGAAGCUAUUUAAUGCCAUGUCAGGGUCCAUAGUUAUUGUGCAACAUUUCAUGUGUGUGUCACUGAACAAGAAAGAUGCCUUGGCCUAGUUUGGAGUAGUUUUUUGCUUUGUGACUAUUCACAGAUCUUUAUAUUUGUGUUUUGUUUUGACAUUGUUCAUCUCUGUCUUUAUGUCUGUAUUAUUGAAGUGCAUAUUAUUUUCAUGAUACAUAUUGGGGCAUUUACAGUGCUUUGCGAAAGUAUUCGGCCCCCUUGAACUUUGCGACCUUUUGCCACAUUUCAGGCUUCAAACAUAAAGAUAUAAAACUGUAUUUUUUUGUGAAGAAUCAACAACAAGUGGGACACAAUCAUGAAGUGGAACGACAUUUAUUGGAUAUUUCAAACUUUUUUAACAUAUCAAAAACUGAAAAAUUGGGCGUGCAAAAUUAAGUUGAUGCUGUUGUGUAUCUUUGAUUUGCAUAAUUUAUGAAGUAAUUAAACAUAAUACAAACAUUUUAAUGUCUUAAUUAAAAUAAUCCUACAUUGCUGAUUGCGGUGCCAUCGCCACAGAUCAUUCCCAUGAGCUAGGAUAAAGAUCUACAGAGAUCUCUAAACUUUGCUCAAAUCCAUCCAAACUCUGCCUACAUGUCAGAAAUGUGGAGAAGGAGAGAGUGGAGUCAGAGUAGUGUCACAGAAUAGCUCAUGCAUUUUCAAAGGGCAACAUUUUAAAGCAGCUUCGAUUACCAACGAUUCAACUUAUUUUCUUUGUAAUCUAUAUUUAACCUGACAUUGACAACAGUCAGGUUAGGUAUGAUUCCUCUCCCCAGUAAUGAAUGGCAUUGGUUCUGUGGAAUAGAUUGCUGAAACAUCUAUUUUAUACCGUUGGAACUAUACAUCUAAAUAUUUCAAGCACAGAAGAAAACCUAUUUUAAGUGGCCAUUUUAUGUUGAAACAGUGUUGUAGUAGAGAUAGGUCCCCGUGGUGAUGAGAAUUCUGCCCUACAUACACUGAGACAAGGUCAGACAUGUUUAUGUAGAGCAAAUGAAGCUGCCAACAGUUCCACAUGGACCAGCUGACUGGAAAGGUUAAUGUAAGCUAAUGAGAACCUCAAGUGGAACGUUUCUGAAUUGAUACUAUACUCACCUUCAGAGCACAAGCAGAAUGUUGUUUCUUAGUUCAAACAGGUUGUUUUUAAUGACGAGCCAGUGUGCUGACGAUGUUCUUCACUAAGAAAUUGUGCAUCUACUGAGUCACAUGUAUGGAUCAUUAUAAACUAUCAUCGUGUUACAACCCA